AGUUAUCUCAGAGAUCAACCAGGGAGAUCAACCAGGGAGAUCAACCAGGGAGAUCAACCAGGGAGAUCAACCAGGGAGAUCAACCAGGGAGAUCAACCAGGGAGAUCAACCAGGGAGAUCAUCAACCAGGGAGAUCAACCAGGGAGAUCAACCAGGGAGAUCAUCAACCAGGGAGAUCACCAGGGAGAUCAUCAACAGGGAGAUCAACCAGGGAGAUCAUCAACCAGGGAGAUCAACCAGGGAGAUCAUCAACCAGGGAGAUCAACAACCAGGGAGAUCAUCAACCAGGGAGAUCAUCAACCAGGGAGAUCAUCAACCAGGGAGAUCAACCAGGGAGAUCAACCAGGGAGAUCAUCAACCAGGGAGAUCAUCAACCAAGGAGAUCAACCAGGGAGAUCAUCAACCAGGGAGAUCAACCAGGGAGAUCAUCAACCAGGGAGAUCAACCAGGGAGAUCAUCAACCAGGGAGAUCAUCAACCAGGGAGAACCAGGGAGAUCAUCAACCAAGGAGAUCAACCAGGGAGAUCAUCAACCAGGGAGAUCAACCAGGGAGAUCAUCAACCAGGGAGAUCAACCAGGGAGAUCAUCAACCAGGGAGAUCAUCAACCAGGGAGAUCAUCAACCAGGGAGAUCAACCAGGGAAGCGUCAGGGCGAGUGCCAACGGCGCGCAUCUCCUCCCCCUACGCGGUCGACAACGACAUGGCGCCAGUCAUCGCCGACUUCUCCCCAACGCAAGGGCGAGUGCCCACAGCGCGCAUCUCCUCCCCUUACGCAGUCGACAACGACAUGGCGCCAGUCAUCGCCGACUUCUCCUCGCGCGGCCCCGUCGUCAACCCCGCCAUGCAGGCCUCCUGGGCCGGCACCAACGACAUCUUAAAGCCCGACGUCGUCGGCCCGGGCGUCAACCUCUGGGGCCCUUGGCGCACCCCAUCCCUCGCCCAAGCUUCCACUCCCAACUUCGGCAUGGUUUCUGGAACAUCUAUGGCUACACCUCACCUUGCGGGGCUUGCCGCGCUCGUUGUGCAGAAGAACCCGACGUGGUCUCCAGCUCAGAUCAUCUCGGCGUUUAUGACCACGGCCAGCACCACGACUAAUCGCGGCGGGUUGAUUCCUACGGAUACAGGGAGCGUGGCGACCCCGUGGGACAUGGGGCAGGGUCAG